AUGAACUCAGUAGAAUCACGAUGUUUAACAGCAACGUUUCCAAAUUUUGGGCGUGGUGCCGAAGCGUUACGUGCGGUGGUGUGUAAUCCACGGUCAUUCGUUGCCUCGUCGACUCCCCUCAUGGACGUUGCCGUACUCAGGUAUCUGGAGCCGUCCAAAUCUGGCCAAGAAGAGGAUCAUCUAUUUGAGAAUCGUGUAUGGAUUCCGGAUCCAGAUAUUGGCUAUAGAUUAGCGUCCAUACUCGAUGAUGGUCUAACCGAUGUUCUAGUCGGAUUUCGAGAUGAACAAGGCUUUUUUGAAAAGGCUCGUGAUUCCAGAACUUGUUUAGCAGCGGUUUUAUGCUUAUACGAGAUUAAGGUAUCUUGA